AUGUCUGAAUCACAACAACCAACAACAACAACAACACAACAACAAGUUCCAAAGGAAAAGAGAGAGAAGGCACCAAAGGUGCCAAAGGAGAAGAAGGAGAAGGAGGUCAAGGAUCAAGCAAAGACAAAGGAAGCCAGAGAUAAAUUGAAUACAGCCGGUGUCGGUAAGGAGGAAGAUUUCUCAGAGUGGUACACCAAUGUCAUCACACGUUCAGAGAUGAUCGACUACUACGAUAUCUCUGGUUGCUACAUCUUGCGUCCAUGGUCAUACAGCAUUUGGGAACAGAUUCAAUCGUUCUUUGACGGUGAGAUCAAGAAGCUCGGUGUCCAAAACGCCUACUUCCCAUUGUUGGUCUCUGAGAAGGCACUCAACACUGAGGAGGAUCACAUCGAAGGUUUCGCUCCAGAAGUCGCUUGGGUCACCAAGUCUGGAAAGUCCAACUUGUCCGAGCCAAUCGCUAUUCGUCCAACCUCUGAGACUAUCAUGUAUCCAGCUUACAAGAACUGGAUUCGUUCACAUCGUGAUCUCCCAUUGAAGUUGAACCAAUGGGUCAAUGUUGUGCGUUGGGAGUUCAAGCGUCCAGUUCCAUUCUUGAGAUCGCGUGAGUUCCUCUGGCAAGAGGGUCACACCGCUUUCGCCACCAAGGAAGAGGCUGACAAAGAAGUACUCCAAAUCUUGCGUCUCUACAAGCGUGUCUACGAAGAGUUGUUGGCCGUUCCAGUCGUCGAGGGUCUCAAGUCAGAGAAGGAGAAGUUUGCCGGUGGUUUGUACACCAGCACCAUCGAGGGUUUCAUUCCAACCAAUGGUCGUGCCAUUCAGGCUGCCACCUCUCAUUGUUUGGGUCAGAACUUCUCAAAGAUGUUUGGUAUUGAGUUUGAAGACGAAAACAACGCCAAGGCAUUGGCUUGGCAAAACUCGUGGGGUCUCACCACCAGAACCAUCGGUGUCAUGAUCAUGGUUCACGGUGAUGACAAGGGUUUGGUUCUCCCACCAAGAAUCGCUCCAAUUCAAGUCGUAGUCGUCCCAUUGUACUUUAAGGACUUUGACUCUGCCAUUCUCGAUAAGAAGGCCGACGAAGUCGUACAACGUCUCAAGGAAGCCGGUAUUCGUGCUCACCUCGACAACCGUACCAACUACAACCCACGUCAGAAAUAUAUUCACUGGGAACUCAAGGGUGUCCCAAUUCGUGUUGAAGUCGGUCCAAAGGAUUUAGAGAAGGAUGUAGUCAUGUUCUGUCGUCGUGACAACGGUGUCAAGGAGUCUGUUGCCAACGCCGAUCUCAUCACCACCGCCAAGUCGACUUUGGAUAACAUCCAAGUCUCAAUGUUGGAGCGUGCCACCAAGCAACGUAAUGAAUCGAUCAGUAUCGUCACCCAAUGGUCUGAUUUCAUCCCAUCGUUGGACAAGCGUCACAUUUGUUUGGUACCAUGGUGUGAUGUCCCAGACUGUGAGGAGGCCAUCAAGAAGCGUUCCAACGAGGAAUCCUUGAAGCAAAAGGAAGAAGCCGAAAAAGGUUUCUGUUUGACCGGUGCUGCCAAGUCACUCUGUAUUCCACUCAAAGUCGAAGAGCUCCGUGAUGUCCCAGCCAUCACCAACGAAACUCGUUGUUUUGCCUGUGAAAGAUCCGCCAAGAAAUGGACUUUAUACGGAAGAAUUUAA